UCCGCUUUUUAAGAUAUAAGACAUCCCUAAUGCGUUUUUGAAGUGCAAGCAUUUUCAUAACAAUUUGACGCCAUAUUUUCCAAUGAUAAUAAAAUUUUAACAGAGUUUAAAGACUGCCAUGGGUACUAGAGUCUACAUUGGCCAUUUAUCUUAUCAUGCUAGAGAGCGAGAUGUAGAGAGGUUCUUCAAAGGCUAUGGUAGGAUAAGGGAUGUCAUGUUAAAAAACGGCUAUGGAUUUGUGGAAUUUGAUGACUACAGAGAUGCUGAUGAUGCUGUGUAUGAACUGAAUGGAAAAGAACUUUGUGGAGAAAGGGUGUCCAUUGAGCACGCUAGGGGGACAGUUCGUGGUGGGGGUGGAGGGUACCGGGGAGACAGCUACCACAGGGAGAGUAGCUACAGCAGGAGACCUAUGUGGAUAGAUAAAUAUGGUCCACCAACUAGAACAGAGUAUCGAGUUAUCGUUGAGAAUCUGUCGUCUCGUGUCAGCUGGCAGGAUCUGAAAGACUACAUGAGACAAGCAGGGGAGGUCACCUAUGCUGAUGCCCACAAACAGCAUAAAAAUGAAGGAGUUGUAGAAUUUGCUUCUUACUCUGAUAUGAAGAGAGCACUAGAUAAGUUGGAUGAAACGGAGAUAAAUGGCAGGAAGAUUCGUCUGGUUGAGGACAAGCCAAGGCGAAGCAGGAGGAGUUCGAGGAGUCGCUCCAGAUCAAGAAGCCGGAGUAGAUCUAGACGAUCCAGGUCUCGCAGUCGCUCCAGAAGCCGGUCCAGAAGUCGCUCUCGCAAAAGAAGGGCCUCCUCAAGAAGUCGCAGCCGGAGCAAGUCUAGAAGUCGGAGUCGAUCCAGGUCAAGAUCCGCAUAUAGGGGCAGGUCCAAGUCAAGAUCCAAAUCCAGGGACAGGUCCAAAUCCAAGUCAAGAUCCAAAUCAAGGGAAAAGUCCAAAUCUAAGUCUAGAUCCAAAUCAAGGUCAAAGUCGAAAUCAAGGUCAAAGUCCAAAUCUCCUGCUAAAAGUAGGUCACCAUCACCAUCAAGGACCAAGUCCAGAUCGAGGUCCAAGUCCCCUGCAAAGGAGGAGCCAAUGGAAGGAGAGCAGAACUGAUCAUCAAUAUGAACUUGUUACACUGUAACAGUUGGACAAGAUUCAUCUCAUUGACCUGUUUUAACCCUUUUCAAAUUUAAGUUCUAUCAUUUUGGAUUUCUUGUUGCUUCAGAGUUUUUGAACUGAAUUAAGACAUCAAAUUUUAUAUUUGUUACUCAAGAAAAUUUGUAGCUGUUGUUAUGCUUUGUGCCGUAGAAGUUUUAUUGACACAGAAACAAACACAUGUUCUUGUAUUAUAUAAGGCAGAACAUUCAGAUGUAUGAUAUUUGAAUAUUUGAAGAAUUAAAUAUU